UGUUCGUAGCUUUUGCCCGAAAGAAAUCAGCGAGCACGUUAGCACACGUGGUAAAACAAUUUUCUUUGCGUAUCUGUUAAAAAAAUUCUGUUAAAAAAAUGUCUGAGAAAGUGCUGAUGCGAAAAAUUAAAAAACGGGAAAGGACGAAAUUAACGAAAAUAAAACAACGGGAGGAAGAAAGAGAUACAAUUGAAUCAGAAAAUACAAAUGAAAUAAAUCGACAAUGUACGGAAGAAAAAGUUCCUCCAAAAAAAAAAAGGAAAUUUUCAGAAGAGUCGGAGAAAGAAACCACUGAGAAUUUACCAGGUACAGCAAUGGGUAUUUUAACAAAUGAUACAAGCUUCUCCAUCUUAAAUGAAAGAGUAUGCGAAAAUACCUUGAAAGCAAUACAAGACAUGUCAUUUACAAAAAUGACAGAAAUUCAAGCAAAAGCUAUUCCGCAUCUUUUAGAAGGAAGAGAUUUGGUAGGUGCUGCUAAAACUGGAUCUGGCAAAACACUGGCAUUUUUAAUUCCAGCAAUUGAAUUGAUUUACAAGUUGAAAUUUAUGCCUCGUAACGGUACUGGAUGCAUUAUUAUGUCUCCCACUAGAGAAUUGUCUAUGCAAACUUUCGGCGUUCUGAAAGAAUUAAUGAAAUAUCACCAUCACACAUAUGGUUUAUUGAUGGGUGGUGCCAAUAGACAAACUGAAGCACAGAAGCUUGCAAAGGGAAUCAACAUUAUCGUGGCGACACCGGGACGAUUGUUAGAUCAUUUGCAAAACACACCUGACUUUUUAUUCAAGAAUCUUCAAUGUCUAGUGAUUGAUGAAGCUGAUCGUAUUCUAGAUAUUGGAUAUGAAGAAGAGUUGAAACAAAUCAUUAACAUUCUUCCUAAACGUCGGCAGACCAUGCUUUUUAGUGCAACGCAAACACAAAAGGUAGCAACAAUAACAACAUUAGCUCUCAAAAAGGAACCUAUAUAUGUUGGAGUUGAUGACAACAAAGAAAUGGCAACCGUGGAUGGUUUACAGCAGGGUUAUGUAGCAUGUGCGAGCGAAAAACGAUUUUUACUUCUUUUCACAUUUCUAAAGAAAAACAGAAAGAAGAAGAUAAUGGUUUUCUUUAGUUCGUGCAUGUCUGUCAAAUAUCAUCACGAGCUCCUGAAUUAUAUUGAUUUACCUGUAAUGAGCAUACAUGGUAAGCAAAAGCAAACGAGAAGAACUACCACUUUUUACCAAUUUUGCAAUGCUUCUACUGGAAUUUUACUCUGCACUGAUGUGGCUGCGAGAGGUUUAGAUAUACCCGAUGUUGAUUGGAUUGUGCAGUAUGAUCCACCAGACGAUCCUAAGGAAUAUAUUCAUCGCGUAGGCCGAACUGCUCGUGGAGAAGGUAGCAGCGGUCAUGCUUUAUUGAUACUGCGACCGGAGGAGCUUGGCUUUCUUCGUUAUCUCAAGGAAGCUCGUGUACCUGUCAAUGAAUAUGAGUUUUCUUGGAAUAAAAUUGCUGAUAUUCAAUUACAGCUUGAGAAACUAAUAUCGAAGAAUUAUUUUUUACAUCAAUCGGCGAAGGAGGCGUUCAAAAAUUACGUUAGAGCGUAUGAUUCCCAUCAUUUGAAACAGGUUUUCGACAUAGAAACCUUAGAUCUGGCGAAAGUUGCCAAAUCAUUUGGAUUUACUGUACCGCCGGCGGUAGACUUGAAAGUUGGAUCCAGCAAGGCUUCAAGACCACGAAAAAGGCUUGGUGGAGGUGGUUACGGGCAUUACAAAAAUAUGAACAAACCGAAAUUGUCCAAGGGCAAGACAUUCCGACAAUUUAACAGAUAAUUACAAUGCAUACACAUAGACAAGCAGUGGUAUAUAAUGCGUCAUCAAGAAUUUAUAUACCAUUAAUAUAUUAUUGUACAGCUUAUGUUUGUAUUAGAUCAAAAUCAGAUUUUUGAUUUAUAUUAAAAAACUUAUUCUCGAGAUUUUUAA